GUUUAUAACUAAAGUUUUGUGAUCUUCCAGGUCUGGGAAGUGGACUAACGAGUGUGGGCUUCCUAAAAAUUGCUCAGUAUUUUGACAAACACCGUGGCUUAGCAAACACCUUUAUGACAUCUGGCAUCGGGCUAGGUAAUUUCAUGGGUCCUCUUCUCAUCGAGCACCUACAGGACGAAUAUAGUUUCCAGGGCGCUACGAUGAUCCUUGGAGCCAUCCUCCUUCACGGGUUCGUGGGUACGACUCUCUACCAACCAGUUCAGUGGCACAUGAAAUACCCAAACGUGAGCGAGAUUCCCCAAACAAUGAAAAUGUCUCUUCAUAGACUUGUUGGUUCCUUGACAACACUGCGUAUUGAGAAUCUAUCAAAAAACAAUGUCAAGACAACAUCCUUACCUCAGGAAGAAAAUAAUGAAGAUGUAACAAAAAUUAACUUCAACACAACAUCUUUACCUAAGAAAAAAAGUCAGGAUUGUUUCUGUAAACUUUUCAGUACCAUUUUACGGGUCCUUCGUGGCAUUGUCAAAGACAUGACUAUUCUAAGACAUCCUCCCGCCUUAAUUUUAGCCCUGGAAAUCAUGCUGAAUGUUGGAGGAGAAGCAAACUUCAACGUACUGGUGCCUUUUACUAUACAAGCAGCAGGAUACUCGCUGCAGACAGCCGCCUGGUGCCUCUCCGUGGCCGGAAUAUGUAACUUCUUCUCCAGACUAACCGUCUCCUUCCUUUCUGACUAUUCUUGGUUCAGCAUGAGACUCUGUUAUUUGAUAGGACUGGCUACCAUGAGCACCGCAAUCAUUGGUGUGGUUCGUGACGCCAGCGGUAGCUACAUUAUCACAAUGUGGGUGCUGUCUGCUAUGAUCUUCACCAGCUGCAUCCUCUGGUUAUUCAUGCCUGCCGCCCAGGCCUACGACCAACGCCUAAGGAAAGAGAUAGGGAGAAGGCGGAUGCUUCCCUCGUGUGAACUCUUUUAA